ACCCUCUCAGCCACCCCUGCUGUCAGCGCUUACCCAACGGCGGCAGCUCGCAGCUUGAGAGCCGAGAGAGAGAGAGGGAGAGUGAGAAAUAUGGUUGGCAAUAUGUGCGGUCGCAAGCUGGCUCGCCGCUCCAAAUCAGCGCUGAUAGUCGCGCUGACAGUUCUCCUGGUUCAGACGCUGAUCGUGUGGAACUUUAGUACCCUGGAUACCGGGGAAGAAGCGGGCGAAGGGGCCAAUAGUAGGCGGGAGAAGAGGGACCAAGUCGGGGGCAUCAACAAAGCCUACAGCCAGUACCCCGGAGCGGGCUGCCAAAGAGGCAUCACCAACCUCCGCUUGGCAAAACGGCUGUCCGACACAAGCAACAGCCGGAGGGCUACCACUCCUGGCGUCCCAAGGAGAAAGUCCUCCUGGAUAGUAACAACAAUGAGAACUCGGUCCCCAAAGACUUUGACACUGUUGUUGACGGCAACAGCAACCUUGGGGCGCGGUCACUGUCUCAGCGCCAGCGAAUGGCAGGAAACACCGCCAAACACAAACCGGACAAGGCCCUAAGGCAAGGCAUUCUGGGAAAGGCCUUUCCCAAUGAGGUCAACGAGGUUAUUCAGCAGGACCCUCUUCCUCCACAGCAGCCCGGAGGAGCAGGACUUAAAGACCACGCAUACAAACGACCCAGACCACACUCCCAGCUGUCCACUAAACCCGCUAGACCUUCCCCCUCUCCCUCCAUCAAAACAUCCAAUCAGCGACAUCACCAACCCAGGAAGUCGGCCACUGCGGCUCCUGUGCGGGGGCAGCGGAGGGAGAAGCACCAGUGUGAGAUCAGUGGGAAGGAGGCCAUCUCGGCUCUGUCGAGAGCCAAGACCAGGGAGUGUCGUCAGCAGAUAGCUGAGGUGUACUGCAGACACAAGGAGAGGACACUGAUGCCGGAGACCGUCCCUCGAUACUGCACCAUAGAAGGUAAGGCCAAUGUGAAUGUACAGUGGGAUGAGGGCUCAGAGCAGACUGCCCCUGCUGUGCCUGUUCGCAUCGUCUUCGUCUUGGUGGUCCAUGGCAGAGCGUCUCGGCAGUUCCAACGCCUGUUCAAGGCCAUCUACCAUACCUCACACUACUACUAUAUACAUGUAGACCAGCGUUCCAACUACCUCCACAGACAGGUGGGGGCUCUAGCGAGCCAGUACUCCAACGUCCGUGUUACUUCCUGGAGGAUGUCCACCAUUUGGGGCGGGGCGAGCUUGCUCACCAUGUACCUGCGUAGCAUGGACGACCUUCUCAAGAUGGCCGACUGGAAUUGGGACUUCUUCAUCAACCUCAGUGCAGCCGACUACCCUAUCAGAUGGGAGGAGAGGAUUGAGUGCUGUUAG